AGAGUCAGUCCACCCCAUGUAUGUCCAGAGUCUCCUGUGUGUGGGCAGUAAACACGCUGCCCAUCUUUGAGGGGGGAAGAAAAGAAAGCUUGUUAUGGCCACACAACCACAGCUCAUUGUGAUCUGGUUGAGAGCUCCUGCUUCAAUACUGAGAAGCACAAGUUAAGGUCCAGAAUUGUGUCCAACCACAGCUUUUCCCUGAGCAUGGUGACAUCGAGUGGAACGUUACAGACCCAGUAGAUGACUUCUGGAGUUGGGCUCAGUCCUCACGGCAAAAGCUUCAACAUGCUGGCCAUCAUUGAGUCCUGGGAAGAGGAGGGAAGCUACUACGAGGACAGCACCGGUCAGUUUCUGUUCAUCUUGCUGUUAAAGGUGGGCCUGGACUGUCUGGUCCUGUCGAUGUGCUUGCGCUGGCUGCACACCUCCUUCAUGGGCGUCUGUGGCCUCUCCGUCUUCCUGGUUGAUGUGUUGUUGUUGUGCGCUGUGGCGGCUGUGUGGUUCCUCGGAUCCGCCCGCUCCCCGGUGUCCAUCUGCUUCCUCUUGGCUCAUGCCUCAGCCGUAUUCAACGCGCUGCCUCUGCCCAUGCUGGGCCUGGGGCUGCUGGACUACGCCUCCGAGCCACGCUACACCACGUGCCACGACGCUCCCUGUAGGGACCUAUGGAACUAUGCCCUGACGCUGCUGGUGUGGGUGCUUGCCGGUGUGCACUCCUGCUGCUCAGCAGUCACCAUCCUCCUAGAGGUUGAGUACGAGGGAGGGAGGAACGCUUUAGGGUGCACUGUGCAGGAGUCUGUGUUUGUGGUACAUUUCUCAGUGGGGAUCUCCGUGGCCAUCUGCUGUGUAAUGCUGCUCCACUACAAACAGAUGCCUUUGUGGCUGAAGGAGGCCAACAGGCUGUCAGAGCAGAGGGAUAAAGUUAACCCAAUGUUGCAGAGCCACUUGAGAUUCAGGUAUGCCAAGUUACAGCAGCUAGGGGGUGACGAGGACGAGCAGAAAGCACUGUCAGUGGAGACUGAAAGGCAGAGGCCCCCCCUUUACCUCAGCCUGACUUUGGACUUUGGCACAACGUGGGCAUCUUACCUGGUCAUGUGCAUCGCCUGUGAGCUUUUGGGCCUUGCAGUCCCUGCCUACAUCAGCAUCAACCUCCUAUGGUUGGAGUGUGCCAACAGCGUAUUGGUGGGGCUGGUGUUUUGGCUCAAGAGCGACUGACUGAGGCCUUACACCGCCAGUGGCAUGUUUACUGGCACUUAAAUAGUCCUCCUGGUUUUGACCCUGGCUUGCCCUGACUCUGUACCCACCUGCUUGACUAUUCUGCCUGCCACUCUGUACCUCCUGGACUCUGACCUUGUUAUGAACUUUUUGCCUGUCCCUUGGAUACUAAUACAUAUCAGAGACUCAAACCAUCUGCCUCCCGUGUCUGCGGGAAAUGUGCAAGGAGAUAACUAGGUAUGCAUGCAAAUUCUGGUCCAUUCAUGCAGUAACGUUAUGGCUUUUUUUUAAAAAUUGAUUGUCAAAUCACAUUUUAUUUGUCACAUGCGCCGAAUACAAUACAACACUUACAAGUCCUUAACCAACAAUGCAGUUUUAAGAAAAUAGAGUUAAGAAAAGAUUGACUAAGUAAAUGAAAUAACACAAAAUAACAAUGAGGCUAUAUACAGGGGGUAACGGUACCCAGUCAAUAUGUGGGGGUACAGGUAAAUUGUUAGAACAGAUGUUUACAUAGGGUAUAGAUAGCUAACGUUAGCGAACUUUAAAGUCGACUUCGUCUAAACAUCAGACUGUUACCAUGGUUACUCCAUGGAUUAUCAGUCGCCCUAAAAAAGACGUCAUAGUCUUCACCAUCCAGAAUGUUUACAUUUGUUUUACCAGUUGUACAUACUGUUUGUUCUUUUGUCAGUAUGAGAUGGGAUCCACAGGAAAGGGUUGUUUACCCAACUUUUUGUGGCGCUAGUAGGUUGUCACUUGUAUUUUCAAGCCUUUCAAGCGUUGCAGGUGAUGCACAAUAUGUCAACAAUAAUGGCCGAAUGUAACCAAAUGUAGUGCACAAAGGCACGUUUCCUUGCAAAUCAGUUGUGGUUCGUUUAGGCUCGGCCAUAUCGUGAAAGUGUUUGUCACUGUCAAAUUGCAUCAGUAUAUACGAUGUAUUCGGGAAAGUAUUCAGACCAUUUGACUUAUUCCACAUUUUGUUACAGCCUUAUUGUUAAAUUGAUUAAAUAGUUUCCCCCCCUCAUUAAUCAACACACAAUACCCCAUAACGGCAAAGCAAAAAUAGAAUUUCAUAAAUAUUUGCACAUUUAAAAAAAACGUAAAUAUCACAUUUACAUAAGUAUUCAGACCAUUUACUCAGUACUUUGUUGAAGCACCUUUGGCAGUGAUUACAGCCGUGAGUUUUUUUUGGUAUGGUGCGACAAGCUUGGCACACCUGUAUUUGGGGGUUCUCAAAUUCUUCUCUGCAGAUCCUCUCAAGCUCUGUCAGGUUGGAUGGGGAGUGUCGCUGCACAGAUAUUUUCAGGUCUCUCCAGAUAUGUUCGAUCGGGUUCAAGUCCGUGCUCUGGCUGAGCCACUCAAGGACAUUCAGAGACAUGCCCCAAAGCCGCUACCGCAUUGUCUUGGCUGUGUGCUUAGGGUCGUUGUCCUGUUGGAAGGUACCCUUCGCCCCACUCUGAGGUCCUGAGAGAUCUGAAGCAGGUUUUCAUCAAGGAUCUCUCUGUCCUUUGCUCUGUUCAUCUUUCCCUCAACCCUGACGGGUCUCCCAGUCCCUGCCGCUGAAAAACAUCCCCACAGCAUGAUGCUGCUACCACCAUGCUUCACUGUAGGGAUGGUGCCAGGUUUCCUCCAGACGUGAUGCUUGGCAUUAUCAGACCGGAGAAUCUUGUUCCUCAUGGUCUGAGUUCUUUAAGUGCCUUUUGGCAAACUCCAAGUGGACUGUCGUGUACCUUUUACUGAGGAGUGGCUUCCGUCUGGCCACUCUACCAUAAAGGCCUGAUUGGUGUAGUGCUGCAGAGAUGGUUGUCCUUCUGAACGUGUAUGUCGAUUAAGGCAGCCCCCCGCACCUCUCUGAUUCAGAGGGGUUGGGUUAAAUGCGAAAGACGCAAUUCAUUUGAAGGCAUUCAGUUGUACAACUGACUAGGUAACCCCAUUUCCUUCCCCUUCUGGAAGGUUCUUCCAUCUCCACAGAGGAACUCUGGAGCUCUGUCAGAGUGACCAUUGGGUUCUUUGUGACCUCCCUGACCAAGGCCCUUCUCACCCGAUUGCUCAGUUUGGCCAGGCGUCCAGCUCUAGGAACUUCCUCCAUUUAAGAAUGAUGGAGGCCACUGUGUUCUUGGGGACUUUCAAUGCUGCAGAAAUGUUUUGGUACACUUCCCCAGAUUGGUGCCUCGACACAAUCCUGUCUCGGAGCUCUACGGUCAAUUCCUUUGACCUCAUGGCUUAGUUUUGGCUCUGACAUGCGCUGCCAACUGUGGGACCUUAUAUAGACAGUUGUGAGCCUUUCCAAAUCAUGUCCAAUCAAUUGAAUAGACCACAGGUGGACUCCAAUCAAGUUGUAGAAACAUCAAAGAUGAUCAAUAGAAACAGGAUGCACCUGUGCUCAAUUUCGAGUCUCAUAGCAAAGGGUCUGAAUACUUAUGCAAAUAAGAUCUCUUUUUUAUUUAUUUGCAAACAUUUUAAAAAACUGUUUUCGCUUAGUCA